AUGGCUUCUAACACUGUUGUCGAUAACAUCUUGUCUCGUGACGCUUACCUUGCCGCCUACAAAUCUAAGAACGGUGAAGAUUUUGUAAAUUAUCGGGAACAUGUUCUCUCAGAACUCAUACGUCCAUACAAACGCCGUCUCUUUCCUACUCAACUUUAUGCUCUUCGUGAACGAUUUGAAGUUUCUCUCCAAGAACUUGUUGAUGCCACGCCAUGUGAUACCGAAGUUUUAGAACGUGACAUUGAAGAACAUCCCGCGCUUACUCUCGAAGAGCAACGAGAUUUGGUACAACGAGCUCAUUUUGAAAACGCAUUUGAAAGAUUAAGGGAAAAUGUUCUAUGGGUAGUAAAGAGUACUAAAUAUUUGCCAGCUGUUGCUAAUAUGUAA